CAUAUUCUUCCUCAUACAACCAAGACCCAAGCAUGCUCUCCAUUCAUCUUUCCUCCACACCAGGCGUUUUGGGUCAGAGAUGGCAUGCUUCUUGUUGCUAAAGGCUGUGACACACACAGACGUCCUUGCAGCAGUCCACAGGAAAAGCAUCAUGGAGGUCUGCAUAUUCUUCCAUUACGCUAUGAUACUUGUCCCAGGUGUUGCUGCCAGUGUCCAUCAAGUGAAAUCAUUUCUCAAUCACACUGCAUAUCUAUCCUGCUGUUUUCCAAACCCUCAGAAAAUUGACGUAAGGGAUUUAAGAGUUUUUUGGCAAAAAGGCACUGAAGUGGUGCAUGAAAUAUAUUACGGUCAGGAAAAAUAUGAUAACCUUAGUCCUAAAUAUAUAAAUCGCACCAAGAUGGAUAUGGACAAAUGGACCUUGCAACUGUUAUAUGCAGAAAUUUUGGAUGAGGGACGGUAUAAAUGUAUUAUACAGCACAGCAACAAAGGAUCACCAAAGGUCAUACACACAUCUGAGUGCUUACUGCACAUCAUUGCCAACUAUAGUCAACCUGAGAUAGCACAGCUACACACCAGGGAACUAAAACCCAAUGAAUACUUGCAUCUUUCCUGUUCUUCCAGCGGAGGUUAUCCAGAGCCCAAGGAGAUGACUUGGCUAAUUUCACAUGAAAACACAACAGACAGGCUUACGUAUCACAUGAAUGUCUCGCAGGAUGCUGUAACAAGGCUGUACAAUGUUACUAGCAAGCUGGAUAUCCCAGUUCCUACAAAUGCUCUCACUAAUAUAAGCUGCUUGCUUCACCUUGGAGAGCAGCUGGGGAGCCUUGUUUCAGUGCCACUAAGUAUAGAAAUAGAGAUAAAAGACAUGGAACAAGUGAAGAUUGAUUUCUUUGGUUCACUUAUAGCUGUGAUUAUACUGAUCACACUUCUUCUGGGUUUUGUGAUACUGAAGAAGAACAGAAAUAUAUCAUCUACCAGCCAGAGUGUCAGUCUAGCAGUAUAG